GGGGCAGCUGCUGCCUGCGAGUGCGCUGUUAGAGAAACGCAGCCAGGCAGACAGAGGAGAACUGAAGUUCGACCAGGGAUGAGUGCAAUGAAUUGGAGCACCGGCAUCUUUGACUGUUUCUCUGAAAUGAGCUCCUGUUGCUACAGCCUUUGGUGUUUCCCCUGCAUGCAGUGUCAGACAGCCAGUAAAAAUGGAUGGUGUUGCGCAAUGCCACUCCUGGACAUUUGCUGUGUGGUGUCCUGCUUACUCCGUCAGUCCAUCAGAAAGCGCUACAACAUUGUUGGCUCGUUCGUUGAUGAUGCCAGCAAUGUGAUUUUCUGUCACCCAUGCGCCUGGUGCCAGAUGUAUCGUGAGCUGAACAUCAGGGAAAACCAGCAGCCUGCUAACUCAUCAGUGGUUACCACUCAGGUGGUCCGUGGAUAAGAUACAACCACUUUUGAUGUUCAGGACCUGUUGUGGUUUUGGGGUUUGUUUCGUUUUUUGCACGUAAGAAGGGAUUUGUUCAGUUUGCCAAAGAGAAUCAAGUAGCAUAGCGUCCUAUCUGCUUUCAUUUUCAGAGCCCUGCACAGCUCAUUACUACAGUGUAGUCAUUAGCUCCGACCAUCAAGUGUGGUUCCCUGUUCCAUGUUAGUUUUCUUUCAUACAGUUUUAAACACUUGAGCUUUAAAAUUAUAUUUUUUUUAAAGGUUUCAUUGACAUAUCAGGUGGUGGUUGUUAUCUCAGGGAAGGUU